CGCACACCCUUCCUUCUCAUUGGCUGCAGAUGGCGCAAUCAGGUGGAGUCGUGAGUCCUGGUCAGCGCAGCUCAAAACCCCAGUGCGCUGCUGCUGCCGCCGCAAGUAUCCGACUGCUGGACUCGGGCUGAUACUGCUGAAGGGAUGGCGCACACGCACGGAACCGCCGCCGCAAUCUCGCGCGUCUACAGGGGAACUUUUAUCCACUCGACGCAGGAAACGGCCGUGCAGAUUCUGGAAGACGCGCUCCUCGGAGUGAACGCAGAGGGAAAGAUUGCAUUCUUUGGAAAAGGUGACGAGCUGCACAAGCUUUCUCAGACAUUUGGAUUCUGUCCGUCUGAGGUGACUCAACUGGCACAACAUGAGUUCUUCAUGCCAGGCAUGGUGGACACCCACAUUCAUGCAUCCCAGUACAGCUACGCAGGCACGGCCCUGGACCUGCCCCUGCUGCAGUGGCUCAAUACCUACACCUUCCCUGUGGAGUCCCGCUUCAAGGAUUUGGACUUUGCCAACACGGUCUACACACAAGUAGUGAAAAGGACACUGAGAAACGGAACAACCACUGCAUGUUACUUUGCUACCAUACACAGUGACGCCUCACUUCUGCUGGGUCAGAUUGCAAAUGACUUUGGACAGCGUGCCUUGGUGGGUAAGGUGUGCAUGGACACGAACAACGCUGUGAAACAUUACAAAGAGACCAUCCAGGAGUCGCAGGAUGAAACCUGUCGGUUCAUUGCAGAGCUUUUAAACAAAAAGUACCCCCUUGUGAAGCCGAUAGUGACUCCUCGCUUUGCACUAUCCUGCACAGGAGCGUUGCUCGGACAGCUGGGAGCAAUCGCUAAGAAUAACAACCUGCACAUUCAGAGUCAUAUCAGUGAAAACGUCGAGGAGGUGAAGCUUGUAAAGGAGCUGUUUCCUGAAUCAGAGUCGUACACGGACGUCUAUCACAAACACAACCUGCUCACAGACAAAACAGUGAUGGCCCAUGGCUGCUACCUCAGUGAUAAAGAGUUGGAUCUAUUCAGAGAGACGGGAGCCUCUCUGUCUCACUGCCCCAAUUCCAACUUUUCAUUGUGCAGUGGAAUUUUAGAUGUCCGCAACGUCCUGAACCACAAAGUGAAGCUGGGGCUGGGAACAGACGUGGCGGGGGGCUACUCGGCCUCUAUGCUGGACGCUGUGAGGAGAGCUUUGGACGCAUCCAAAGUCUUGACCAUCCAGGACCCAGAGUACAACACACUCACCUUUGAGGAGGUGUUCAGACUGGCCACACUAGGCGGCAGCCAAGCCUUGUCCUUGGAUGACCAGACAGGGAAUUUUGAGGUGGGCAAAGAUUUCGAUGCCCUGAGGGUGGACGUAGCUGCUCCUGGUGCACCCAUCGACCUGAUCCAGUGUGAAGGGCCAAAGAUUCUGUUGGAAAAGUUCUUGAAUUUGGGUGACGAUCGUAACAUAGUGGAGGUGUUUGUGGCCGGGAGGAUGGUGGUACCUUUCACAGAGCCAGUGGAGUAGAGCUUUUGGAUUCUCUGCACAUUUCCAUCCGUCUUGCAGCUUAAGACACAUCUGAAAGAUAUGAUAUACUGUAUGCAGCAAAGGCACGAUCAACUGGAAAUGACAUAUGGAUGCAAACUGGUGUACUUUGUAUUUUAUCUGUAAAGAAUAAGUCAAAAAUGAAAAUUCAUGAUAAAUAUUUGAAUGUUAAAUCCAGAGGUUAGAAUAGGUGCUAUUUAUGAGAUUAAGUGAAGGUCAUACAAAUAGUGUUAGUCUGAAAUGUAGACUUAUCCUUCAAAGUAGUGACUGGUCAGUACAGGGAAUAAGGGAUUUAUUAAGUGCACUUUUUCUGUUAGUUAUUGAAGAUAGUUAGUUAGUUGCUCAUUUUUGCAUAAUGAAAUAUGAAUGUGUUAACACCAUUGUACACUAACACUUUUUACAUAGACACAUUAUAACUUACAAAGAUCAAACUACUGGUGAUUUAAGCCUGUGUAGUGUAUUAACAACUAUAUAUUUCACUGAUUCAUUGAUUUCACAUUGUGUUUCCUCUACAAAAUUUGACCAUUGUCCAUAAAGUGAAGAAACAUAUUAGUGUUGGACUAAUGUAGACUGCAAUGCUUACUUACAGUGGGUUCAUGGUCCCAUUUUCAUGCUAGUGUAGCUAGAAAAUGUGUUAUUAUAUAACUGGGAUUGCCUUGAUUUAAAUAGUUAGAGCUGAUUCUGUUUAAAUUUUUCACUGCACACUCCAUUCAAAUGCAUCCAUCCCAGUGUUUAAAAUGACACAGUACUAGAUUAUGUUAUUUGCGGCGCCCAGUGUCACUUUUCCAUUUGUCGGUCUGCUCCGUGCACAAACUGAAACUAGAAUCGUAUUUAGCUGCAUUAACACAUUUCUGAUUUGGUCAAAAUCCACAUCCUGAGUUUUAUUGUGAGAGUCACCGACUAUAGUUUUUUAUACUAACCUUAUAUUUACAUAAUCAUUCUAAUGGUUUGACCACUGAGAUGAUUUUAAGGACCAUCCACAUUAAAUACACUUAAUAUUUAGUAUUUAUAUUCCUCACUGUCUUAUAAUUGUCAGGAAAUCAAGGGAAAUGAAAUGCACACACUGCUCAGUAUGUUUUUGUCUUGAUAAAUGAUAAAUUCCUUUUUUUUACUGAAAUAUCACGAAUUAUUUUAUUAACACAAAAUAUAACUGAGACAGAUCAGCAAAUUGUAUAUGUUAAAGAUUCUCUUCACGUGUCACAUCAUGGGGGAUUGAAAUAAAGAAUACCAACAUUUUUCUAUUUUU